AUGAAGAUUAAGUUAGUCUUUGGGGGUUUUACAUUGCAUGUUAGUAGUGUUUAUGCGCUGCAGAUGGACUUGAAAGAGGAGGUGAAGGCGAGAUUUUGGGAAGAUUUGGACGAGGUAGUGAGAAGCGUGCCUAGCGCGGAGAAAAUCGUCAUAGCAGGGGACUUCAAUGGGCACAUUGGGAUCCUACCCGGAGGUUAUGACAAUGUGUAUGGUGGUUUUGGCUUUGGUGUUAGAAAUGGCAAGGGAGCGGCCCUAUUGGAUUUUACGAGAGCCUUUGAGCUGGUGGUUGUGAACUUGAGUUUCACGAAGAAGGAGGAUCACCUAAUUACCUUUUAG